AUGUGCAUGUAUUCUCUUUUCUCGCAAAAAGGGUUGCAACGCGUGCGCGUCGCGGUUUCUCGGUCGACGUGGGCGACGUCACGAUGACACAUUGGAAUCCGCUGUAUCCCUUCUUGAAAAGGGUGCAUAUUGUAACUUGUUUUCAGCUUCUAACGUUUCUCUUGGUUUUGCUCAUUGAAGCUAUUUUCCGCUCUCGAUGAUCCUGUCAUAUAUAUUACUAGGAUAUAUCAAAAGUUAUUCGGUUUCAGCAUGGGAAACGUUUUCGGAAAUUUGUUCAAAGGCCUUUUCGGCAAAAAGGAAAUGCGUAUUCUGAUGGUUGGACUCGAUGCGGCUGGUAAGACGACCAUACUUUACAAGCUCAAGCUCGGAGAAAUCGUCACCACUAUCCCAACCAUAGGUUUGUGUUUCCAGUUUCCGUUCAGUUCGAAUGUUACCGAAAUUCAGGUUUCAAUGUUGAAACGGUUGAAUACAAGAACAUUUCCUUCACUGUUUGGGAUGUUGGCGGCCAAGACAAAAUUCGUCCCCUGUGGAGGCAUUACUUCCAGAACACACAAGGUAGAAAGUUUUGCGGUCGUGGAACUAAAUUCGUUUCUCAGGCUUGAUCUUUGUUGUCGAUUCCAAUGACCGCGAGCGCGUGGGUGAGGCUCGCGAAGAGCUCAUGAGAAUGCUGGCAGAAGAUGAACUUCGUGACGCGGUUCUUCUCGUUUUUGCAAACAAGCAGGUACUAAAUUUUUUGUUGUUGUAGAUUUUCGCCUAUCAAAAACUUGCCGGGAAAAUGUUUAUUUUAAUAUUUUGAAAAUUGAAAUAAAAACUCGCUAAAAGGCUAAUAGUUUAAAUAUUUUAUUUAGCUUGAUCUAUUUUUUUCUCUUAUACUGUCAAGCAAACGUUUUUUAAUCUUGAAUCUAUGCGACGACAACGCUUUGAGAAAUCCUGAAUUGAAACAGAGCAUUUUUAGGUGUAGGAUGAAAUAUUAAAGUUUCAAUUCUUUCAUGGAUCUUGUUUGGUGAGUUAUUGAGAUUCAACCGUUGAUGGUUUUGAAAACUAGUUUUAUGUCAAUUAAAAAAAAUUUUUUUUUUAAUUAUCAAACUUUUUUAUAGGAUUUGCCUAACGCCAUGAACGCCGCGGAAGUAACGGACAAACUGGGUUUGCACACGCUGAGAAAUCGGUCUUGGUAUAUUCAGGUUCAUUUUUAUUUUCUGAAUUACCGAAUAUUUCCGCUAUGAGCCUUAUUUGAUUCAAAAUUACCAUCCUCAUUAAAGGCCACAUGUGCGACGUCUGGUGAUGGUUUGUAUGAAGGUCUCGACUGGCUGAGCAACCAGCUCAAGAACAGAACGUAAUUUCCUGAAGUUUGCCAUGAAAAUACGAAAAUUUUUACACUUCUUUACUUCUAAAUCGCACUUUUAAAAACUUGUUUUCCACAUCUUUUUUAUUCGUUUUAGGACUGUUGUCUUUCCUUGUACGCAAGCUAUACCACAUUCAUAG